AUGACGUUCGAUGCCGACAACAUCAAUCGCAACAUGAUCAGCAAGGAAGAUGUCCUCUGCUACCUCACCAUCUCCCAUAAUGACUACAACGGCGGUCUCGGGGCUCGCAUCUCUUCUAUCUUUGUAAUCUUCUUCGUCUCCUCUGCUUUUACAGUCUUCCCGGUCUAA